GGUAGUAAGAUUCUAGAUUUUAGCGAAAAUUUAGGUGCAUUUCUUUAAUGUAAACAGUGUUUUAUUCACGAGUAUUAAUUUUUGUGCAAAAUGUUUUAAAACUAAAUUUAAAUGAUAACAACAUUAAAAAUAAGUUACUCCUGAUUUUAUAUAUUCGCAUAGAUACGCCCCAAGCUUUUGGUGGAGCACCUUUUCUUGAGACUUUUUUUAUGUAUUAAAUAUAUGUUUUAUUUGUUUUAUUUAUGUACUUAAUAGUCAGAGUUUCUUCCAUUCAUAUUCUAUGAUAUAAUUACUAAUAUCUAAGCGACAGGAUAUUACUGAACAGGCAUUAAGAAAAUCAUUUGAGGAAAACCAAUUUUACCUAUAGCAUAUGCAAAUGUUUGCUUUAGCGUUCUUUUAAGAAAUCUUUUUCAUUAAAAAAACUUAUUUAAAAACAAAUCAAUAAUAUAAUAAGAGCACAAAUUUUUCUUCUUCAUAAAUUCAUUGUACUGCACCUGUAUGUGACAGAAAUUUAAUUUUAAUCGAACCAGACACAUCCUAUACCGGGAAGCAGCUCAUUUGUUAGAAGAAAGAACAUAAAGGCUUGUUGAUAAUGACAAAUACUGUACGAAAUGACGAAUUAAGAACAAGUGAUCAUGCAGGUAGUAGAGAGUGGUAUGCAUCACAGCAUAUGAGGCAUAUUGAGCGAAAAUUCUGUUCUCACACCGCAUGCCAGACAUGUAACUUCGAUUCAUUAAACAGAAACAUUGGGAAAGGAUGCCCACGUGAUUCUUACCUUCACCCUGGUCGAGAUAAUCUUCAAGAGCAGGAUGAACAUUUACGUAGAAUUCAACGUAUUGAUGAAAUCAUGAAGCGAUCCACAUCUACGCUACAUAAUGGUUACCCGUUUAGCAUUCGACGAAUAUUAAAACCAGACCACGCUAAUCACGCUAAUCGUAUUCCUGUUCACACUUACCAUAUCUCUACAUAUGGUUGUAUAGAUCAAAGAAAGACAGUUAUGCCACAUCACUAUAAUCAUCGUAAGAACACACAUGACCGGGGAGAUCAGAGGUUGAUCUGUGACGUGAGUGGGUGCAAAAAAUGUAAUGUACCGUAUCCCAACAUUUGUGCAGUUCCACACUCUUUCAUUGACAUGGCAAUUCACCAACAGCCAACGCAUUCUCAAAUUAAAAGUGAAAAGAAGCAGGAUGAGGUUUUUGCAGCAUCGCCUGGUGAGGUACGAGAUUAUAAACCAAUCAAAAGUAAACAUAAACUGACGUCAUCCAAGAAACGAAAGCGCCACAGAACCGCUUUUACACCUACGCAAUUAUUGGGUCUUGAAAAUUCCUUUGAAAGGGGUCACUACUUGGUUGGUGAUGAGAGAAGACAACUCGCACAGUUUUUACGUUUAACUGAAACACAAAUAAAAGUUUGGUUUCAAAACCGUCGCACAAAAUGGAAACGACAAAGAAAUGCUUUAUACGAGAAUGUCGAAUAUUCCGACGAUAGCGACGCUUCCGGGCUUGAGUAAUGGUUGGGUUGUCAAAACACACUAGAAUGAAGAUCACGCCAGGUGGCACCAUCUGCGGGAUGGCACAAUCCUUGGGAUGGCAUUGGUGACACCAUCUCUACGGUGGAACUCACACGUGAAUACCAACGAAAUAAAGGAAUGUUUUAGUUUACGCAUGACAAUAAAAAAGUGAAUGUUAUGUAAAUAAAAUAUGAAUUAAACAGUCUAUUAAGAAAUAGGAUAACCUGA